AGUCGUGCAACAGUUGUGCCUCGCUUUGGUCGCAAAUCGUCACAUAAGGGAAGAGAGAGCUUUCGAACAAAGCUUCCCUUAUCUCGCCCCUUCUCUAGGGCUAUUUAUGUCAUUUUUUCUCGCGUCUAUCUCAUCGCAAUACACUUUUUAUCGGGACUCAAGAGAUAUUUUAUUUUACGUGGUUAAUUUUGGAAAAAAAAAUUGUGGAUAAGUGGAUUUCGUGUGAUCGUGGGGUGAGGUGGAUUUGUUAAGGAGCAUUUUUUUGCACAAUAUGUGCAGAUGAGUGUGGUGUGUCUCGCAGAGGGACUCUCUGGGGCAACUCAUGAACAAUCUGUGCAAGAGAAGUGCUUUCAAAGUUCGAGAGAAUGUCUGAUGGUGGAAACAAAUUUGUCUGCCCCAGCGACAGAAUGCUGGCGCUCAGAGCCAAGCUCCACACGGGAUGGUGCACAGGAAGACCGGCAAGUGGCACGAGCCUUAAGCCCGACGAGCAGGAGGCCAUUAUGAGCGUUAUAAAGCGCAAUGAAGCAUUGGAGAUUGCAGAACGCCAGCGAAUUGGGAUGAUGGUGGAUCGUCUGGAAAAACUAAAGCAACGCGCUACUAACUGUGGUCCCCGGAAUUGUCGCCUAUGUGGACAAUCUUUUGGAUUACUUUCACUCUCUAAGCAAAUAUGCGUUGACUGCCAGCAUCAGGUGUGUUCCAAGUGUGCCAUCGAGCUGACUACGAAGACUCUGCAAGGUGAGAGGGAAAUUUGGCUGUGUAAGAUUUGCUCGGAAACAAGAGAGAUGUGGAAAAAGUCAGGAGCGUGGUUCUUCAAGGGUAUACCCAAAUAUGAGUUACCCAGGAGAGACACAAAUAUUUCAAAAUCCUUCAGGCGCGAAGAGAAACCUAUCGUGCCUAGAACAAUGAAACUAGGAGUUCGUCUCAAUGAUUCCUCAUCCUCAGAAGAGGAUACAGACAAGGUGGAUAGCACCUUGCUACAGAGAAGACAGUCUAGUUUACAUAUGGGAAAUGGUAGCACAACCAGAGAGCGAACUCACACAGUAUCAUCAGAAGCAACUUUGGGUAGCAGAAAAAUGUCUUUUGGGCAACACAGUCAAACUUUAAGCUCAACAAAUUCCCAGGAUAGUGCCACAUUUUCUCUGGCUGAAUGGAGAAGUCAACAGGAGGGCGGUGGAUUAAUUCGAACGUCAUCUAUCCUCCGCAGAGGUUCCAUCUCAUCCAGUUACUCCGUAUCCGAGUCAUCUACAGGCGUCCUGAGUGCUACAACUAUAAGUCAGGGCUGCAAGGAACCCCCACUUGGCUGGGUGGAGCUUGUCCUCAACUACGACGAGUCCAACCACUCCCUCGACUGUUCUGUGAUACGUGCCCGAGAUCUGCCACCGAUGGACAGUGCAGGGCUAGCGGAUCCCUUCUGCAAGAUUAAUGUGGUGUCUAUUGAUGGAAUGGCACGGCAGCAGCGGUGGAUGAAGACAAAAACGGUGCACAAGACUCGUAAUCCUGAAUUCAACGAGACCGCCACAUUUCUGGGAAUGGAGCACGAAGAGCUCAAUCGAUCCAUUCUCUACGUUGUCAUACUUGAUGAGGAUAAGUAUGGACAUGAUUUCCUGGGAACAGCAAAAAUCGUUCUUUCGCCGAUUUAUGCAACAAGUCCGUGUCGCAUCUCCGUGCCAUUGGAUGCAGAGGAUCAACAUAGUAUUGAUGCGAGUCUAUCUGGUCCUUGGCCGCGUGGACAAAUUCUCAUUUCAUUGUGCUACAACACGAAAAAACGUGCUCUCGUUGUUCACAUAAAGCGAUGCAUCAACCUCCUCCCCAUGGACAACAAUGGAUUUUCCGAUCCAUUUGUGAAAAUCCAACUCAAGCCUGAUUCGCAUCGGAAGAAAUUCAAGACUAGCAUCAAAUGGCGCAAUUUGAAUCCUGUCUUCAAUGAGGAAUUUAUGUUUGAGUCGCGCCCCAAUGACUUCGACAAGCAGUUCCUCAUUAUUACGGUGUGGGAUAAGGAUUUUGGGAAAAGUAACGACUUUCUGGGCUCCCUCAUGCUGGGUCCAACAAGCAAGGGGCGACGUCUCAAGCAGUGGAGAGACUGUGUUCGCCUUCCGGAUCACUGCCACGAACAAUGGCAUUGUCUUUCUGCUGAUCCCCCGCACUGAGAGUCAAAAAUCAAAUAUUUUUAAUUUUAUAAGAGGGACGUAUGGUUCAACUGAUUGCAAAAUCAUAAUUUAUCCUUUUCAAAACUGAAAGCUUUCCUUUGUAUAUAUCAAAAUAAUACUUAAUUUUCUUUUCAAAAGUUCCUUUUUUUUUUUCAAAAAAUAUAACAAUUUUUCUUUUUGAUUUGAUUUAUUACUCUUUAGAAAAAAAAACUUUGUAUUAUAAAUUGCAAUAAUAUUGCAUGAUAUAAUUAAAAAGUUUUUUUUUGUGGUAACGAAUAUCAAUAUUCCGAUGAAGUUGUUAACUAAUUUUCAUUAGCCCUAUUACAUAUUGCCACUUUAAUCCUUUUUAUUUAAAUUUUAAAUAAAUCUAUAAUGUAAUUAAUUGUGCUACAACGCACUAUACAUAUCAAAAUCAACCCAACAUUAUUUGCAAACAUAUACAAAGUGUUUUAUUACAUAAUGAAGUUCAAAUAAUUAAUAAUUGCAUAAUUUCCAAUAUUAAGCUUUACCUCCAUUACAUUUUUGCAAUUUCAAUUUAUUUAAUUCAUUGAACUACGUAAUCCCUUCAAAGUAGGUACUACAUGGAAAAAUCGGAAAUGUUAAUGAGUUCAAUUAAUUUUGAAAAUUAAUCGAACUCAUUAAAUUCUUGAAAACUAUAAAAAAAAAACAAUAAAAGUAAAGAAAAUGUAAAAUGUUAGAAGUUGUUGAUAUUUUGAACUUUUUGAUUCAGAACUAAGGAAAGCUUUUACGUAUCCUAAACAGUCAUACCAAUUUAUAAAUUACGUGAAAAGCUUUGAAAUUCUGUUGAAGGGAAGCUUUUUCCUUUACUUUUGAAUCGUCUGAAGAUAAAAACUUUUGUUGUCGCUGUAAAAAUCCAUAAACAUCACAUGAUGGAAUAAACAUAAAAACAUUCUCAAGCAACAUACACAACCUGUCAUUUGCAAUCAGUUUUCCAGUCCUUUGUAAAUAAAUAUUUUCCUGGAAGAAUUAAAACUACAUAUGAGUACAGAAAAAAAACAGAUGAAUAUUUUUUUUCACUAAUACUUUAAUAUUUUCUUUCAUUUUUGUCUCAAUGAACAUUGUAAGUAAUUUAGUAUUUGGUUAAAAUUAUUUUGUAACAACAACUCCUACAUAAAAAGUAUCCAUUUUAUCAUUCAUGCUAUAAAAGUGUAUCAAGAAAAAAGUUGCUCAUUCUAAAAACUCCUCGAGAUGCAACACUUUUAAAGUCAGUUGAGAUAUUUUUAGAGGAUUUCCUUUUUGCGCAUCCCUGUCUCCUAUUGAAUAUGGAACUGUUUCCCUACGAUAAAUUACUGUGUAAAAUUCUAAAUGGAGUAACAGAGAAACAGAUAUGUAACACAAUGGAGUUCUUCCUCUAGAAUUUAAAUUUUUCUUUUAAUUUCUCUUCUUUUGUAUAAUAUCACUAAUGUUGUAAUUAUAUUGGAAUAUAAAUAGACAAGUAACAUUGAA